AGUGUUGAAAUUUUUCAUUUUUCCCUUUUUUCCUGGACCCACUCGAGUCUCCCACUGAUGAUGGUGAGAGAUUUUCCAUCGUUGGCCGGUGGCUGUGCACACAGAGAGCUGGUAAAAGUGUUACAGGGCUGUUAAAUUUAUUGGAACGUGACCACCGGAGAUGAACUUUCUCUGCUGUGAUUGCGGAAGACCUGGUGAAUGAUUGACAGCAGAGACUCUCCUGGCGCACAGUCUGGACUUAGCCUCCGGAGUUGGACUUGUUUUGUUUUAAUCAUUAAGAGGCUCAAAGGUUGUUUCUCCCAGUUCCACCUCGCAGCAGAAUGAAUCUUAUUUUUCCUGCAGGAGAAGGACAUCAUGUGGAGAUGAACUCUCGAAUUAAGAUUUUAUUAGAAUCAGUUUAGGACUUGGAUUAAUAUAUAUUGGGGGUUUUUUGUUUUUGUUUAAGUCACUUUUUCAGUUUUUUCUCGUUGGCGUCAUGGUGCACCGUUGGAUGAUGGAUGCACCGUUGAGCUUAUCCCUCACGGCGCUCCUCAUGCUGCUCCUGCUGCUGCUCAGUGGUUGCGGUACAACAUCAGGAGCCUCCAAAGAUCUGGUGUGUGAGCCCAUAACGGUGCCUAUGUGCAAAGGUAUCGGAUACAACCUGACCUACAUGCCCAAUCAGUUCAACCAUGACACCCAGGAGGAGGUUGGGCUGGAGGUGCACCAGUUCUGGCCUCUGGUCCGAAUCCGCUGCUCCCCGGACCUGCUGUUCUUCCUGUGCAGUAUGUACACCCCCAUCUGCCUGCCGGACUACCGCAAACCCCUGCCACCCUGCCGCUCUGUGUGUGAACGGGCCAAACGUGGCUGCUCCCCUCUGAUGAGCCAGUACGGCUUCGAGUGGCCUGAGAGGAUGAGCUGUGAGCAGCUGCCCAAACUGGGCGACGAGACCCUGUGCAUGGACCAGAACAGCAGUGAAACCACCACCCUGGCUCCCCCGUUUUCUAAAUCGACCCCUAAAGGUCGGCCCAGACCUCCGAGCCCUCAGCAGUGUGACAGGGAGUGUCGCUGUCGAGACCCACUGCUCCCCAUCAAGAGGGAGUCUCACCCUCUUUACGGUCGGGUCCAGACGGGUCCCCUUCUCAACUGCGCCCAACCCUGUCACCAAGAGUACUUCACAGCCAACGAACGCACCUUCACCAGCUUCUGGAUCGGCCUGUGGUCUGUGCUGUGCUUUAUCUCUACCUUGACCACUGUGACCACGUUCCUCAUUGACAUGGAACGCUUCAAAUACCCAGAGAGACCCAUCAUCUUCCUGGCCACCUGCUACCUCUUUGUCUCAUUGGGCUACAUCAUCCGCCUGGUGGCCGGUCACGAAAGAGUGGCGUGCGGUUCCAGCGGUGGUUCUGGCGACCACCUGCACAUCCUCUACGACACCACUGGUCCAGCUCUCUGCACCCUCGUCUUCCUGUUGGUGUAUUUCUUCGGCAUGGCCAGCUCCAUCUGGUGGGUGGUGCUGUCCUUCACCUGGUUCCUGGCAGCAGGGUUGAAGUGGGGCAGCGAAGCCAUCGCAGGAUACUCUCAGUAUUUUCACCUGGCCGCCUGGCUUAUCCCCAGCAUCAAGUCCAUCGUAGUCCUGGCCCUCAGCUCUGUGGACGGAGACCCUGUGGCUGGAAUCUGCUACGUUGGUAACCAAAGUUUGGAGAGUCUGAGGGGAUUCGUGCUUGCACCUCUUGUGGUUUAUCUCUUUACCGGUUCACUUUUCCUUCUGGCCGGAUUUGUUUCUCUCUUUCGUAUCAGAAGUAUCAUCAAACAAGGAGGCACCAAGACGGACAAACUAGAGCGGCUGAUGAUCCGCAUCGGACUAUUCACAGUGUUGUACACCGUCCCCGCCACCAUCGUGGUGGCCUGCCUGGUCUAUGAACAGCACUAUCGCCCGGGCUGGGAGCGAGCUUUGGCGUGCUCCUGCCAGUCCGAGCGCCAGCGUUUGGGCCUCGGCCCGGACUAUGCUGUUUUCAUGCUCAAAUAUUUCAUGUAUUUAGUGGUGGGCAUCACUUCAGGGGUUUGGAUUUGGUCAGGGAAGACCUUGGAGUCAUGGAGGAGGUUUGUGGCCCGGUGCUGCCCCUGCUGGCUACAGAAGGCCAAUGCUCCACCUUCCAUGUACAGUGAGGCCAGUACGGCUUUGACCGGACACACUGGGUCUGGACUGACCUCAGGGAUGUAUCACAAAGCUGCUCAUUCUCAUAUAUGAACUUGAAGAAAAGAACAGGAAAAUGUGCAGGACUGUGCGAACUGAGGAUCAGCUUUGAAUAAAAGGGAAAAACAACAAAGCAUUAAACAAUCUUUCCUUCAUUUUGACAGAUCUCAAUCAGCUGACCAAACAGAAAUAUAUGAAUUCUUCAUGUGCCUCAUCUCUUCCUGUUCACAUUGAGCGUCGAAGGAGGGCAAGUAUUUAUUUCUGUAUAUAUUUUGUGCAUAUGUUGUAAAUUUGAAAGAAAUAGCUGUAUAUUAGGUUUAUUAGUUCUGAUUUGUUGAAUUAUUAACCAACCAAUGCCACUGCCACAUGUAUAGAACAUUUUUUGUACAUAUUGUUUGUGAGUGAUUCUGUUUUUUUUUUGUUUUGUUUUUUUUUUUGUAACAGAAAACUAAAAAUGUGCAGAGAAAAAGUAUUUGUUUAUCAAAACUGUGUGAGUCAUGAGAAUAGAAGGAAAAACAGAUAUAACCUCUUAUAAGGACGUGACUCUCACACUGUUGUCAGUCUGUGUGUGAAAUGUGAACUAGUUUUGUCAGUGUCAUGUGAACUAUCAAGGCGGUUUUAAGGAUGAACGAUGGAGGAUGUGCUGCCUUUGACGCUGCCCUUUACUCCCAUCUUUUGGUGUUAGGCGGAACUGCAGGUUUUAGUUUCAAGACAUCCUCGGGUUUGACGACUGUAGUCAUCAAAUCAAAUGUGUCAACAAAUGGUAUGAAUUCUUUACAUUUUUUUAUUAUAAUGAAAUUACAUUAACUACUAAAAAUAUUUCGCCAUCCCUGAUGUUGAUCUUUAAGAUAAAUAAAGAUUGAUAUGAUAACUGAAAAACGACAUUUUGAUAAAAAUGCUUCACCUUUUUCAACAACUUCCCAUCAUUGAUGCUAACAAAAAACAUAAGUAUAUCCACAUUGGCUGUGAUUUGGUGUCGGUUGACCAGAAGGUUAUGGGUUCGAUUCCAGAGCCUUUAUACAUACACACCAGUAUUGAAAGUAAACCACAAUUGAAAUAUUAUUUUAAAAACACAGCCAUUUCCAAAAGAAAAAACAAGAUUUGCUCUGCAUUUGUCCUAUUUCCUCCUGACAUUUAACACAUUUUGACUGUUUUACCAACUGCUAGAGAAAAGACAGGAAAGUCAGGAGUCAGAAAUGUUAAAUUAUGCACAAACAUUUAGUCAACAACCUAUAGACAACAGUCUGUAUUUUAUUGAUUAAAUAACUAUUUACUAAUUGACACAAAAUCUGAAUGAUUAGUAAUUUAUUAAACAAUGUUGUGAUCUGAUCUUGGUUUUGUCAGUUUCAGUGACUGAAUCCCCUACACUCCAGAAGUUCACUAGUUCAUUCUGAGAACUUUUUUAAGGAGCCUUUUAGUUCCAGUUGAGCAACAAUGGUCUCCUCAGUGAGCAGUGACUUAUCGUAUCUACAGAGAUCUGCGGUUCAGUCUGUGUCUCUGGUUUGUCUGCGCCCCGAAAACAGAGUUCAGUUCAGGUUAGUGUGUUAAUGAGCGUAAAUAAACUGUAAAAAAACAAACAGACAAAAAAAUGUUAACCAGAGCAAACAGUCGGAGCAUGUAUUUAAAAUGAUUAUUCCACUGGAAUAGAAGUUCAGACUUGUUAGCAGUGUGACUGUUCAAUUCUGGAGUUUCACAAGAGAGAUGUUUUCCGUCUGCACUGAAACUUCCUUAAUUCUUCUCCAAAACUAAAAAAAAAAAAAAUCCUUGCGAUGUUCACUCUUGAAGAAGCGGUGACUUAGAAGAUUCACAGGAAAUCUUCAGUUUCUGUCUCUGCUGUUUGUCAGUGUUGUUGACCAUUUGAUUAUCAUUUUCAUUAUAAUUUCAUUAUAACAAUAAUAAUUGUUAUUAUGGUUUGUCCAUAGAGUAGAGAACAUGUUUAAUUUAUUAGUCUGGGAUGAGUGAGACGACGAUAGGAUUUUUUUUUUAAAAAUAUAAACUGCUGUCAGACUGAUGAACUUCAGAUAAUGUUAUUGAAAUACUUUAGUGUCUCACCACAUCUGUGACUUUGUUCAUGUUAAUGCUAUAACUGAGUGUAUAUGUGGUUGAUCCUGAGGAAAUGUUAUACUUGUGUGAAAAAAUAAAAAAAAAUGUGCACAGGUUGAACAGUAA